AAUUCUUGCAAGCCGAUGGCUGCAAGUCACUUCCCCAUCUAAGAUUCCGUUCACUUUCUUCUCCCGUUACGAUGGAGAUAGAUUCCCUUCCCAAUGGCGGCAGCACCGCCGCGACGGCCACCACCGGAACUGCCGUGACUUCUGCCGCCGUCAACAACGCCGCCGCACCUCCUCCGUCCUCACAGCUUAGCCAACUCACCGAGUCUUUGAAGCUUGAGCAUCAGUUCUUGAGGGUCCCUUUCGAACACUAUAAGAAGACGAUCCGUGCUAAUCAUCGCAUCAUCGAGAAGGAGAUCUCCUCCGUCGUGUCUAGCGUCUCCAGUGUUGCCGAUAGUGACAUAUCCCGUGAUGACGCAGUCAACCAACUGAACUCCCUUGUCUCCAGGCUACAAGGGCUUAAGAGGAAGUUGGAGGAAGGAAGUCGAGCAGAGCAACUGCAAGCACAAAGAUAUCGAGUGCGUAUUGGUCACUUAGAAUCUGCUGAUGCAGAAAAAAUAUCAGAAUGGAAUGACACACGUCUGAAGAGGAUUUUGGUGGAUUACAUGUUGAGAAUGUCAUAUUAUGAUACAGCAGUUAAACUUGCUGAAUGCAGCAAUUUACAGGAUCUUGUUGAUAUUGACGUGUUCCAGGAAGCAAGAAAGGUUAUUGAUGCUUUACAAAAUAAGGAUGUUGGACCUGCUCUAACCUGGUGUGCUGAGAACAAAUCAAGGUUGAAGAAGUCCAAGAGCAAAUUGGAGUUUCAAUUAAGACUUCAAGAGUUCAUAGAGUUGGUACGGGCUGAAAAUAAUUUGCGAGCCAUCACAUAUGCUAGGAAAUAUCUUGCACCUUGGGGAGCCACUGACAUGAAAGAAUUGCAGCGGGUUAUGGCAACCCUGGCCUUUAAAAGAGAUACUGAAUGUGCUACAUAUAAGGUCUUAUUUGAACCUAAGCAAUGGGAUUAUCUGGUGGACCAAUUUAAACAGGAAUUCUACAAGUUAUAUGGCAUGACUGUAGAGCCUCUGCUUAAUAUCUAUCUGCAAGCUGGACUUUCUGCUCUGAAAACUCCAUACUGUUACGAGGAUGAUUGUACAAAAGAGGACCCUCUAUCCCAGGAGGGUUUCCGGACGCUGGCGAAGCCAUUGCCGUACUCUAAGCAGCAUCACUCAAAGCUUGUUUGCUACAUAACUAAGGAGCUAAUGGACACAGAGAACCCGCCACAAGUCUUGCCCAAUGGAUAUGUCUAUAGCACUAAGGCUCUUGAAGAGAUGGCAAAAAAGAAUGAUGGUAAAAUCAUCUGCCCGAGGACUGGUUUGGUUUGCGAUUAUGCAGAAGUGGUGAAAGCUUACAUCUCAUGAUUCUACAUGCUUGAGCUUGUUUAAUGACUGUAAGUUUGACGCUUAAGUCCUGCCUUGUACCUCUAAGCUACUCGAGAUUUCUGGUGAAAAGAAAAGAAAGGGUCUGGAAAAUUAUUGUCUCGGACGUGCCAUUGUUAACUGCCCGUACAUUUACAUUUUUACUUCUGGUCUUUGCUUAAACGUGUACAUAAUUCAUGUGUAAUCAUAGUUUCAAAUGUCACUUUGGGAAUUA